GGCGAACCUCGGCUGAUCGGGUGGAGGUUUCGACUGCCUUCAUUGUGAAUCUCAACAUAUAGAUGGCUUUUGCCAACUCUGUGGGGGAUCAAAACUUCUCAAGUAGCUACACUGAGAAUACACCGCAAAUUUCCAAGUGUAACUCGGCAUAUUUACAUCAGAGUGAUUCGACACAAAAGGAAUCGGAAACCACUUCUGCAAAGCACAUGUUGCCAACCAAAUGGCCGGAUGCGAUGAUCAUCUAGUGGUAAUAAACUAGCAUAAAGUCUAAUAAGCGAAAGUAAAGUCCUUUCGA